AUGCUUUCGUUCACUGAAUUUCAUUCAUGGCUAAGCAUUCGUCCUAUUGAAUUAUUAUUUAUUCUAUUUGGUUGGUUCAGCUUUUCAAUUCUAUUGGUAUUACGAUAUGAUUUUCAUUUUUAUUCAAUAACAUAUUUUCAUUUAUUUCUUCCAUUAUUUUUAACAAAUGCAAUACAUUUAUAUUUUAUUCUCAUGGUUCUACUUCGUCUUUGGUUCGAACAAAAACAAAAAAGUAGUCUAGCACCAGCCUAUGCAUAUCGAUUAAUUGUACAUAAAAUCUUUACACAUGUACCACUAAUUGUUUGUUUAAUCAUGUUCAAUAAUUUACUCUAUAAAGCAUUUAUUAACAAACAAUUGCUAUCGACUAAUGUAUUUCACCAUUGUAUGGUACCGUUAUAUUUAUUUGUUGGCUGGAUGUUUUUGAAAAUAUUUAUUUGUAAAAAACAAAGUAAUAUUACUAUUGCUGCACAGUCAUAG